CAUUUUUUAAAAUUUUCAAAUUUCCCGCCGCCGCCCGCCCGUACGUCCCGACGUCACAGGGACCGGAACACAGAAGCCAGAUGCCGGAGGAGAUGGCCCUGGGGACGCUGCAGGGGACACAUCGCGGGGGAGCGAAGGACAAGGUAAGUGCUGCAGGGACUCCCUAUGCAGCGCCGCAUGGUAAGCCCGAGUGUAGCUUGGGGUUACCGCUUUUGGUACUGAAACUUUACCCCGAGCUACACUCGGGAAUACCGCCAGGGGGGUUUAAACAACUGCACUCUUGAUGAAUCCAACAGU